GCCCGCAUGUACAACAUGAUGGAGACGGAGCUGAAGCCGCCGGGCCCGCAGCAAACUUCGGGGGGCGGCGGCGGCGGCGGCGGCAACUCCACCGCGGCGGCGGCAGGCGGCAACCAGAAGAACAGCCCGGACCGCGUCAAGCGGCCCAUGAACGCCUUCAUGGUGUGGUCCCGCGGGCAGCGGCGCAAGAUGGCCCAAGAGAACCCUAAGAUGCACAACUCGGAGAUCAGCAAGCGCUUGGGCGCCGAGUGGAAACUUUUGUCGGAGACGGAGAAGCGGCCGUUCAUCGACGAGGCCAAGCGGCUGCGAGCGCUGCACAUGAAGGAGCACCCGGAUUAUAAAUACCGGCCCCGGCGGAAAACCAAGACGCUCAUGAAGAAGGAUAAGUACACACUGCCGGGAGGGCUUCUCGCCCCGGGCGGCAACAGCAUGGCGAGCGGGGUCGGGGUGGGCGCCGGCCUCGGCGCGGGCGUGAACCAGCGCAUGGACAGCUACGCGCACAUGAACGGCUGGAGCAACGGCAGCUACAGCAUGAUGCAGGACCAGCUGGGCUACCCGCAGCACCCGGGCCUCAACGCGCACGGCGCCGCUCAGAUGCAGCCCAUGCACCGCUACGACGUGAGCGCUCUGCAGUACAACUCCAUGACCAGCUCGCAGACCUACAUGAACGGCUCGCCCACCUACAGCAUGUCCUAUUCUCAGCAGGGCACCCCCGGCAUGGCGCUUGGCUCCAUGGGCUCGGUGGUGAAGUCCGAGGCCAGCUCCAGCCCCCCCGUGGUUACCUCUUCUUCCCACUCCAGGGCGCCCUGCCAAGCCGGGGACCUCCGGGACAUGAUCAGCAUGUACCUCCCCGGCGCCGAGGUGCCGGAGCCCGCCGCCCCAAGCAGACUUCACAUGUCCCAGCACUACCAGAGUGGCCCGGUGCCCGGCACGGCCAUUAACGGCACACUGCCCCUCUCGCACAUGUGAGGGCCGGACGGUGAACUGGAGGGGGCGGGGGAGACAUUUGCAAAGAAAAAGAGGGAAAUGGAGGAGAGCAAGAAACAGCAUGGAGAAAAACCCGGUACGCUAAAAAAAUAAAAUAAAAUCAUCCACAGCAAAUGACAGCUGCAAAGAAAGCGCCAAUCCCAUCCACAGUCAGGCAAAAACCGCGAUGCCGGCAAGAAAACUUUUAUGAGAGAUCCUGGACUUCU